CCCUCGCACAACCCCGACCGCCCUCACAGCGGCCGGGCCCCUCCGCGCAGGCGCUGCCGCCGGCGUUUCCGGCAGCGCUGCCCUGGAUGGCGGAGCCCGGGUCUGGAGGGGCGGCGGAACCCGGGGAUGGAUGGACGGAGGAGCCCGGGGAUGGAUGGACGGAGGAGCCAUGGGGUAGAUGGACGGCGGAGCGGCGGCGGCUGUGGGUGCCGGGCGGGCGCUGGCUGGCGGCCGUGCUGCCCCUGCUGCUGGUGCCGCUGCCCUGCGCAGGCCAGAGCAGCCUGCCGAGCCCUGAGGACGUGCGGGUGCACGUGGUGAACACCAAUUUCACCCUGAGCUGGGACUACAGGGGGAGUGACCCCAGCGUGACAUUCUCAGCCCAGUUCCAGUGGCCGGAGCUGGAGCCCACGGGCUGGCAGGAGCUGCCAGGGUGCCAGGCUGUGGCUGGCACAGGCUGUGACUUCUCCUCGGCCAUCUCGGAGUACUACGAUGCCCACUACGUGCGCGUGAGGGCCCAGGCAGGGCCACUGGUGUCCCCGUGGUCCCAGGUCCUGGAGAUGGUGCCAGAACAAGUUGCUCAGAUUGGUCCACCAGGACUGGAAUUGCAGUCCACAAAUGGAGUUGUAAAAGUUACAGUUUCUCCUCCAGAAGCAAAUCAGAGGAAAAAAAUGUGGAUCAAUGAUCUGAGUUUUAAAUAUAACCUGGUCUUCUGGGAAAACUCCUCCCAUGCUCAGCUCCAGAGCAAAAAAAUUUUCCCUUUUGACACCAUUGAUGACCUUGCCCCAGAUAGCACCUAUUGCUUCAAAGUCCAAGCAAAUCUCCCCAGCGAGGGCAAGCAAGGCUUCUUCAGCCCCACCAGAUGUGUGAAAACUGCCCAGAAAGUGAACGACCUCCUGUGUGCCACCAACCUGAGUGUCCUGGCUCUGAACAUGAAAUUCCACCUGCUUUGGAGCGGCCAGGAAAAUCAGGAUGUGAACUACAACGUGCAGUACCUGAUUGGCUACUUGAAGGAUCUCAAUGAUGAUUACUCAGACAAGUGGCUCAGUGUCCCCAGGUGUGAGAACAUCACCAGCACCUGGUGCAACUUCUCCUCCAUCAUCACCACCACUGGAUUUUAUUACCUGCGAGUGCAGGCCAGGGAGGGACACAACAAAUCCUGCUUCUCCAGGGAAGUCAAAGUGGAUCCUCUGAAAACAAAUGGAAUUGGCCCUCCUGGUGUAAGGUUGGACCUCAGUGACACUUUGCUCCACAUCCUUAUUUCUCCUCCAGGAGGAGAUGAGGAUGAAGUCAUGAGGGACCAUUAUGACUUGUCCUACAGGAUCCUGUACUGGAAGAAUUCCUCAGAUAUGAAGGAGGAGGUGAAGCAGAAGGAGGUGAAGCAGACCAUAGCCACAGUGCCUGACGUGUCCCCCUCCAGCCUGUACUGUGUGCAGGUGCAGGCCUUCUCUGAGCCCUACAACAAGAGCAGUGCCUACAGCCAGCAGCAAUGCAUCCACACCCCUGCAGGUACACCUUCAGCUCUGAUCAUUGCUGGGAUUUUCAUGGGUGCCCUGCUGGUUGUCCUGCUGGUGGGCGCUCCUCUUGUUUUUGUGUUCUACCAAGCCUACAACAAAAUCAAAUACGUGUUCUUCCCCUCCUGCCAGCCCCCCCUGAACAUCGAGGGAUUUGGAGCACAGCCCUUCAGCAGCCCUUACCUGUCAGCUGCAGCAGAGGAAGCAGUGGAAAAUUGCUGUGUGAUUGACUCCAUGAUCACAGAAGAGGGAAAUCAGAUUGUUUUCACAGGCUACAAACAUUCCACCCAGAGCAGUCGAGACUCAGGGAAUUAUUCCAACGAUGACAACACUUCUGGGAGCAAAGGAUCCAAAGAAACACUGGAAAAGGAAAUAGUGUAACUCUGGGAAUCACAAUUCCUUUAUGGGAUUGUCAACUUCACAGACACUUCAAACCUCUUUUUGAUGGAAGUUCCAGCUUGAGGGGGGCACUGUGACCUUUGGGGUCCUCAGGGGGACACGGUGGCCUUUGGGAUCCUAUGAGGACACUGUGACCUUUGGGGUCCUCAGGGGACACUGUGGACUUUGGGAUUGCUGGGUUUGGGUUCCCAGAGCUGCCCUUGCUGGGGGAGCUCCUCAGGCCUGGCUGGGAAUGACCCCAGUGUCCCCACCCCACCCAGGGCUGUCCCUCUGCACCAGGAGCAGCUCUGGGCACUUCUCUACUUGAAGCUGUGAGCUGAGCACCCCCUGCCUGCUCCAGCAGAGUUCUGUGUGGGGUCACUCCCACAGUGUUUACACAGCCAGAGGGAUCCAUGCUGGGCACAAUCCUGUGGGAUUGUCACCUCCAGCCCCUGCUUGGUGCAGAGCUAAAGGUGCCAAGGGAGCAAGAGGAGCAGCAGUGAGGAGGCUGGGGUUCCUCACGGGGUUCCUCAUGGAUGUGUCUGGGAAUGUUCCCAGUGCUUGUUCCACUCCCCAUGCCUGGAAUGUCCCAGGCCAGGCUGGACCCUGGGGCUGGGAGCAGCCUGGGGCAGUGGAAGGUGGCCCUGCCAUGGCAGGGACGGGUUGGGAUGAACUCUGAGCUCUCUCCAAACUCAUUCUGGAAUUAGCAGGAUCCUGGUGGAAUUUAGGAGAUGCCUUUAGCAGAGGGCUGAGCUUGGCACUCAGAGCUUUCCCUGUUCUGCCAACAGACUUUUCUUUGGACAAUCAGGAUGUGCUGCAGUAACAUUUCAGUUUUCUUAUUCCAUGUCUUCCAUGCUGACUCCACUGUCUUCUGGAGCCAAUUUUUUUAAGUCCCUUAUUUUUUUAUGAAGAAACUGCUUUGGAGUCAGCUGCGUUUGAGCAUCCCAUGGACUGCUGUUGUUUGUUCUCUCUAGGAACUCUUGGUGUUUAUAUAUAUUUUAUUUUUUAAUUUUGAAGAUACUACCUAAUUUUAUAAAUUUCCUAUCCCUGUGUUCAUUGAAGAACAUAAUAAAUUUUGCACAUU